CAAGUGCACUGUGUGAACCGGUUGGGAACCGAUUGGGAAAGCGAGAGGAAAGAUGGAAGAAUUCUGUGGUUCGCCGUUUUGGGACGCCAAUUUGACCUGGCACACCAACGAUCCGGACCUCACUCCAUGUUUCCAGCAGACGGUGCUCGUCUGGGCGCCGUGCGCUCUCUUGUGGGCGUUCUCACUCAUAGAAAUCUACUACAUUCGCUCGAGCCGGAAUCGCGACAUUCCGUGGGGCUUCCUGAAUGUCACCAAGUGUGCCGUGAAUGCUGCCCUCGUGAUCCUCACCAGUGUGGAUCUGAUAAAGGCACUGGUCAGUCAGGAGAAUGCGGCAAUCCAGGCUGUUCACUUCUACACGCCAGUGAUAAAAAUAGCCACAUUUGUUCUGGCUGCCGUUCUGCUGUUCUACAACAAGAAACACGGCCUGCAGACGUCCGGUUUGCUGUGGCUCUUCUGGUUCUUCCUCGUGAUCUUCAGCAUUCCGCAGUGUCGAUCUGAGGUGAGGAACAGCAACAUGCGGAAUUCGCUGGGCAUUGAGGAUCCCUGGGCGCAGUAUCAGUACGUGAGCUUCAUGAUCUUCUUCGCCAUGACCUGCGAGAUGUUCCUGCUGAAUUGCUUCGCCGAUAAGGCGCCAGAAGUGACGAAUUACGAUAAGGAUGAGAAACCUUGCCCGGAAUUAUCUGCCAGCUUUCUCUCGCGCAUGUUCUUCGCCUGGUUCGAUCCGCUGGCGUGGCGUGGCUUCCGGAAGCCGCUGGAGAAUAGCGAUCUGUGGAAUAUGAAGCCGGAGGAUUCGGCACGCGAAGUGAUGCCACUGUUUGCCAAGUACUGGAACAAGACGCUGGCCAAGGUAGCGGAGAAGAAUGCACCGACACCGCCAAAAGCCACCUUUUCCAAGGAUUCCGCUAGUGUGAACUUCACGAAGCCCAAAGCGAAGAAGAACGCCUCAAUCCUGCCAGCCAUCGUGAAAGCCUUCGGACCGACUUUCCUCUUUGGCGCCAUGCUGAAGUUCAUCCAAGACAUUUUGACGUUCGUGAGUCCGCAGGUCCUGCGGCUGCUCAUCAACUUCGUGGGAACGUCAAAUGAUGAGAAUCCGGAGGAGGAUUGGAAGGGAAUCUUCUAUGCUCUGCUGCUAUUCAUUGUAGCUGGAAUGCAGACACUCUUCCUGGCGCAGUACUUCAACAGGAUGUUUUUCGUGGGCCUCAGGAUUCGCACGGCUCUCAUCUCGGCGAUCUAUAGGAAGGCACUGGUGAUGAGCAACAGUGCGAGGAAGGAAUCGACUGUGGGUGAAAUUGUCAACUUGAUGGCCGUCGAUGCGCAGCGAUUCAUGGACUUGACUGCCUACAUCAACAUGAUCUGGUCGGCGCCGCUGCAAAUCGCUCUGGCGCUGUACUUCCUCUGGGACAUCCUCGGGCCGUCCGUGCUCGCCGGCUUGGCCGUGAUGAUCAUCCUGAUCCCAGUGAACAGUGUGAUUGCCAACAAAGUGAAGACGCUGCAGAUUCGCCAGAUGAAGAACAAGGACGAGCGAGUGAAGCUGAUGAAUGAAGUGCUGAGUGGAAUUAAGGUGCUGAAACUCUACGCUUGGGAGCCGAGUUUUGAGGAUCAAGUGCUGAAGAUUCGCACGAAGGAAGUGCAAGUGUUGAAGGAGCAAGCGUAUUUGAAUGCUGGAACGUCGUUCAUCUGGUCUUGUGCGCCAUUUCUGGUGGCUUUAAUCACGUUCGCUACGUAUGUUUUGGUAGAUGAGGCUAAUGUUUUGGACGCAUCCACGGCUUUCGUUUCACUCUCACUCUUCAACAUUUUACGUUUUCCUCUGUCCAUGCUUCCUAUGCUGAUUUCUAAUAUGGUUCAAACGAGCGUUUCCGUGAAGAGGAUCAACAAGUUUAUGAAUUCUGAGGAAUUGGAUCCGACAAAUGUUCAGCAAGAUCCUAAAGAUGAUGCCGCACUGGUGAUUGAGAAUGGGCAGUUUUCGUGGGGAGGCGACGAGACUGUGCUGCGUGACAUCAAUAUGCGCGUGGAGAGGGAGAAAGUGGUGGCUGUGGUGGGAACUGUGGGUUCUGGCAAGAGUUCCCUCGUGUCGGCGUACUUGGGUGAGCUGGAGAAGUUGCAGGGACGCGUGGUGACGAAUGGCAGGAUUGCAUAUGUGUCGCAACAGGCUUGGAUUCAGAAUGCCACGCUGCAGGACAAUAUUAUCUUUGGCAAGGACAUGGAUAGGAAGCGGUAUGAGCGUGUGAUUGAAGCAUGUGCCUUGAAGCCGGACAUUGAGAUGCUGCCGGGUGGUGAUCAGACGGAAAUUGGCGAGAAGGGCAUCAAUUUGUCGGGUGGACAGAAGCAGAGAGUGUCUCUGGCCAGGGCGGUGUACAAUGAUGCUGAUGUGUACUUCCUGGAUGAUCCACUGAGUGCUGUUGAUUCGCACGUGGGCAAGCACAUCUUCGAGCAAGUGGUGGGAAAGAGUGGAAUGCUGGCGAAGAAGACGAGACUCCUCGUGACGCACGGCAUCACGUAUUUGCCGGAUGUGGAUUAUAUUUAUGUGCUGAAGGAUGGUGAGAUCAGCGAAGCGGGUGCUUAUCAAGAGUUGCUGAACAAGAAGGGUGCUUUUGCGGAGUUCCUGAUUCAGCAUCUGCAGGAGAACACGUCUGAGGAGUCGGAGAAGUUUGAUGAGCUGAAGCAACAGUUGGAAUCGAGUGUUGCUGGCGAUGAGGAGUUGCGUGGGAAAUUGCAGAGGGCGAUUAGUCAGCGAUCGAGGAGUGAGAGUCAAUCAGAGACUGGAUCUGUGCAUGAUUCGCCGUCCAGGAAGAAUUCCGACGCCUCGUCCGACACGAGUGCUCUCAGGCGACGCACGCCGGACAAGAAGGAUGGCAAUCAGAAGGAGAAGGAGAAGUUGAUUGAGCAGGAGAAGUCGGAGACGGGCAGUGUGAAGUGGGAAGUGUACAAGCACUACUUGAGGAGCAUCGGAACGCUUCUCUCGCUCACGACAAUCUUCCUCAACAUGGUGUUCCAGGGCUUCUCCAUUGGCUCAAAUGUGUGGCUGGCGCGCUGGUCGACGGAUCCCAAUGCGGGCAACGAUACAGGAACCAGAGACAUGUAUCUGGGAGUUUAUGGAGCUUUGGGUGCAGGUCAAGCCUUAACGAACUUGCUGGCGUCGCUUAUAAUGGCGCUGGGAUGUCUCUAUGCGGCUCGUGACAUGCACAUUUUAUUGCUCUCAAAUGUCCUUCGCUGGGCGAUGGAAUUGUUCGACGUGACACCGAUGGGGCGAAUAAUGAAUCGCUUCUCGAAAGAUGUGGAUGUGGUUGAUAACAUUUUGCCUCAGUGUGUGAUAUGUUACCUUUUAUGUCUGUUCACUGUCUUCCUGUCUACGUUGUCCCUGUAUUUGGGUGCUCUAAGUGCCGCUCGUCUCAUGCACGCACAAUUGCUGAGAAGUGUGAUGAGGGCGCCGACGACGACGUUUUUCGAUGUGACGCCCGUUGGACGAAUCCUCAAUCGCUUCAGCAAGGAUGUCUCCGAAGUGGACAGUGAUCUGCCGGCCACACUUAGGGCUUGGGUUGCUUGCUUCUUUGGGGUUUUGGCAACAUUGGUUGUUAUCAGCAUUUCGACGCCGCUCUUCGUGGCCGUUAUCAUCCCAAUUGGACUGCUCUAUUACUUCGUGCAGAGAUUCUAUGUGGCGACAUCUAGGCAAUUGAAGAGACUUGAAUCUGUCUCGAGAUCACCAAUCUAUUCUCACUUUGGUGAGAGUAUUACAGGCGCUCAGACGAUAAGAGCUUACGGAGUGCAAGAUCGUUUCAUUGGCGAAUCUGAGGACAAAGUGGACUUCAAUCAAGUCUGCUACUUUCCCAGCAUCAUUGCCAAUCGCUGGCUGGCCGUGAGGUUGGAAAUGGUGGGAAAUCUCAUCAUCCUGUUCGCCGCGAUGUUUGCUGUGUUGGGAAGAGACAGCACGGAUGAGGGUUCGGUGGGAUUGUCGGUGUCUUAUGCGCUGCAGAUCACGCAGACGCUCAAUUGGCUCGUGCGCAUGACGUCAGAUGUGGAGACGAACAUUGUGGCGGUGGAGAGGAUCAAGGAGUAUGCGGAGACGAAGCAGGAGGCGCCCUGGGAGUUGCCCAAUGCCACAGUGCCGAAGAAUUGGCCGGAAGUGGGCACAGUGGAGUUCAGGGACUUCCAAGUGCGCUACAGAGAAGGUCUGGAGUUGGUGCUGAGGGGAAUUACGUUUGUCGUGGAUGGCGGACAGAAGGUGGGAAUUGUGGGCAGAACUGGAGCUGGAAAGUCAAGCUUGACUCUCUCUCUGUUCCGCAUCAUUGAAUCCGCCGGCGGGAGUAUUUUGAUUGACGGACAGGACAUUUCGAAGCUGGGAUUGCACACGCUUCGAUCGAGAUUGACGAUCAUUCCGCAGGAUCCGGUGCUGUUCUCGGGAUCGCUCAGGAUGAACUUGGAUCCCUUCAACAGUCACACGGAUGACGAAGUGUGGCGUGCGCUGGAACACGCACACUUGCGGGCGUUCGUGAAGGGAUUGACGGCUGGGCUGAAUCACGAAGUGUCCGAGGGCGGUGAGAACUUGUCCGUGGGACAGAGACAACUCGUGUGUCUGGCCAGGGCGCUGCUGAGGAAGACUAAAGUGCUGGUUCUCGAUGAAGCGACAGCGGCUGUUGAUCUGGAGACCGAUGAUCUUAUUCAGCGCACAAUCCGCACGGAGUUCAAGGACUGCACAGUCCUGACCAUUGCUCAUCGUCUCAACACCAUCAUGGAUUCGGACAAAGUGAUUGUGCUGGAUCGCGGACACAUAACUGAAUUCUCCUCGCCCAGUGAAUUGCUGCAGGAUAGAAAAUCUGCCUUCUACAGUAUGGCCAAGGAUGCCAAUUUAGUGUAAGGAGAGAAAGCUUAACGUAAAUUCAGGUGAAAAUUUACUUAAUUUCUAUAUAUAUAUACAAAUGAAUUUCUCUUUCAUGGUUUUUUUUUGAGGACGAGCGUUUUUUGUGCACUUAAUGAAAAUUGAUUGUGAUUGAUGAAGUGAACAAAUUUACUUAAGGUUUUUUUUCUUCUUGUCCUGUGAAGACACUUUUAGUGUAAUUUUUGUCAAAGAAAGAGAUUUUUUUUCGAUGUAAAUGCGCUCUUCAUUUAUUGCCAAAAUGAAACAAUUUACAUUUAUUAAAUAACAUUAAUUAUAUAUACUCUUUCCCAAGAAAACAUUACAAAUUUUCCUAAAUCUCAUAAACUGCCAAUUUUGUGUCUCUGAUAGGAAACACAAAUCACAUGUUUUUC